AUGUCUAUUACGUGUAUGUCUCAAAGAGGGUCUAUAGACUAUUUUAAUAAAAAGAGAAAUGUGAGAGAGAGAGAGAGAGAUUUAUAAAUUAAGGAGCUAUGAAGAGCAAGGCAAAAGAAAUAUUAUAGUUUGAAGAGAUGGAGUUGAAGCAGCAGCACUCUCAGCUAGCUUUUGUGUCAAUGGUGUUGUUGAUGAUAUGGUUGGUGAUUUCGCCUGUGGUGGCUUGUCCAACAUACGGCAGAGAUUGCAAAAGCUGCAUUAGAAACGAGUUGAAGUUCAGUUGCCCACCAUGUGCUCCUAUUCUGCGCUGCAUGGCACGAUGCUUGUGGGGCGGUAACUCAAGGUCCGAUUGUGUAAAGAGGUGUGAUUGCAACACUGGGUACCCAACUCUGUCUGAUUGCAAGAGUUGCAUGUUAAAGUGCAAGUGCAGCUGUAUGGGUUAGAUGAGUUUCAACUUUCAAUCGAAGUGUUUGUGAUUUCACUAGUCUCUACUUUAGAUGUAUGACCAUCCUAUGGUCCUAUAUGUUGAAAAGAUCUUUUUCAUAGUAGCAUUUCAAUUUCAAUGUUUCCUCUUAGAGAGAGAGAGAGAGAGAGUACUGUAGAAGCUUCUUGCAUUAUAGUCUAAUGAUAAAUAGAUGCAAUUA